UUGAUCGGUUUAGCUUAAAAUGGCGGUUGCUGCUGGUGGAGCAGUAACAGUAACAACAAAAGGCGUACGUUUACUUUCAGCCUCUCGCACGUUAGCGGUUAUCAGGACUUCGCCAUUCCUGACAACGUUGUCGCCCUCGAAGUUGGAUGUUUUCCCGGUGCGGAUAAGGAACAAUGAACUCUCAGGAAAGAAACUUUUGGUUAUCCGAGCUGCACGAACCGAGUCUCAAGGCGUUUCACUUGGUUCCAGGGCUCCUAAUUUCCAGUUGCCAGAGCCUCUAACUGGGAAGACUUGGACUUUGGAAGAUUUUGAAUCAUACCCUGCUUUGCUGGUUAUGUUUAUAUGCAACCACUGUCCAUUUGUUAAGCACCUGAAGAAGGAUCUUGCGAAGCUUUCCAAUUUCUAUAUGAAGAAAGGGCUUGCUGUAGUUGCAAUAUCUUCAAAUUCUGUAGCCACUCAUCCACAGGAUGGACCUCAAUUCAUGGCAGAAGAUGCCAAGCUAUAUAAUUAUCCUUUCCCUUACCUAUACGAUGAGACUCAAGAUGUUGCAAAAGAUUUUGGGGCAGUUUGUACGCCAGAGUUUUUCCUAUUUAAAAAGGAUGGAAGGAGGCCAUUUGAGCUGGUAUAUCACGGCCAAUUUGAUGAUUCCCGGCCAAGUAAUGGUGUUCGUGUUACUGGAAGGGACUUAAGAUUUGCUAUAGACAGUGUUCUUAGUGGCCAACCAAUACCAUCAGUUCAAAAACCAAGUGUUGGAUGCAGCAUAAAGUGGCACCCGCAAAAGAGCUCGUAAUCUGCGAAAAUAACUUUUUCCAGUUAUCUGAUGAACAUAAUCUGUGAAUGUACCUUUCUUCAGAGAAGUGGCAUUUCAGUUUAGUGCAAAUCGAUGACAUUGGAAGGUACUUAUUUUCCUGUCAUAAAUGUUAUCGUAAAUGAACUGCGUCCGUGCUUCGGAUUCCUGGAAGAACAGCAGACAUGGGAAGAUUUAACAUGUUAUUUUUUUAUAUAU